AUGGACCCAAAGCAUCACCAGAGCGCUCAGCGUCGCGACUCUGCGCUUGACAUCGAUAAUCCUAGUGAGCCUGGUCGACGCCGAAAGGAGCGAACGAUCAGCUACGGAGACGACAACCUGAGAGAGAUUUCAGAGCGCCUGGUACCCUCGAUUGAAGACGACUCUAUCAUAUCCAAGACAGAUGCUCUGGAGUCCCGUGUCGCCGACCUUGAAGCUCCGCUUGUCGGCAAGUCCGAGUCGCUGUCAGACGCUGUCAACUCCCUCAAAACCGAGACAACUGAGCGGAAGCGCCUUGAAGAGGUUGGUGACCUAUGGCAGAGCAAGUCCGAAGAACAAGAUCGAGCCAUUCACGACCUACAAACUCAUAUCUCGAAACAAACCGCCGUACGAGCAAGUGCCCACAGGGGUCCUCCUGUCGAGUCAUUCAGCGACCUCCAUCCUCGUGCACAGCCUCCUUACCCUCAACCCCAGGAAGAGGGCUACGAUAUUGCUCGAGACCUAAACGACUACCACUCGCGACAACCUACCCCAGCCUCACGCUCAAGGGCGGCUCAGAGCCCUGCCUCCUCUCGUCCGCCUAUACGGCCGAUGAGCGUACCCUGGGAGGAGAUCAACGGGCCUGAGUCGGCAGUCCUCUUUAUUGCCUCCACUCUCGCCGGCGCAGCUCCCAAUACCGCUGAGCAGUAUAUCCCUGUCUCUCAGUAUGCCGACCCAGACAAAGUGUGGCGCUCUGCUGUCGAGGCUAUCGAAUAUUUUGACAAAGUCUACGCUGAGCGACACCGCGACAAGUCAGCUGAGAUCGAAUAUGAAUGGCUUCCGGGUGUCACGGUAGUCACCUACAUGGCGCCAAAAUCCGUCGGUGCCUCUGACCUGGUGCCGAUGGUGGAGUUCUUCGUUUCAGCAGGCGACCGAAAAUUGCAUAUGCUUACUCGGGACGACCGUCUGACCAACACCUUGUCAAAACACGUCUUUCAGCCGUCAUCAGAUGAUCCAAGAGCCUCGUCGGAGUGGCCCUGGUACCCGUUGGACAAUUUGGAAUUGGCAUGUAUGGUGUGGCUUUUGCUGAAUGGGACGUUUUGCGACGAACAUCCGCCUGCCCGAGAACGUCAUUUCCGCGACUUCACACAGAAACUUGACGAGCGCCUAUGGCGAAAAGUCAAGGGUUGUGAACCAGACUCCUACGACGACCUUGUUGACUACUACAAGAAGAAGAAACGCAAGAUUCUCACCAGUGACUGGCGUAAGAAGACGAAGCAGUAUCUUCUACCGCGACCCGUCGAUAGGAGAGAAAAGGGGAAAAGCUCCAAGCUCACCAAGAAGGCUAAGUUGUCAAAUAAAAAGGUCUCUGGUCGCAAACGACCUUCCUGGGCGCCGAACAUUAAAGACGCUCAAGUCAAGGCUGGCCUUCAGGUUCGAAAUGCCUGUCUUGACUGUGGCGAAGUCGGAUGCCGACCAGGUCGUCCUGAAUGCAAGCUCACCAAGCAUUAUGAGAAUGUCUCUGCCGUGCAAGAAGACGAUGGAACCUCCGACUCAGAGCAGUCCUACGUACCCUGUUUUGAAACCGAAUCUGACCAUGACUCCUCUGAUGAGUCUUUAAACUAG